AUGUCAACUGUCGCCUCACAAAUGAGACCCGAAGUUAUUCGCUCACAUACCUUUCCAUCCAACUCGGCGCAAAACACAAGACGUCGUCGUAGAGACACUUUUGUAGAACGAUUGCUCAAGGAUCCUAUGUUACAAACUAUGGCCGAUAUUGGAAAACAAGAAGGUGCAAUCAAACCGCUUCCUGCGCCGCAGCGCGCGAGAACCAUAAAUAUUUCUGAAUUUCAACAAUAUUAUCGUCAUUUUCAAGAGGGUAAUUUUCAUCAAUAUCUUAAUACGAUUCAAAUCAUGGAUUUACCGCCGAACUGCAUAUUUGCAACACCAACAUGUACCUGA